GGUGAUUGGGCGGCGCCCGGGAGGCUCCCGGGUGAGGCGCGGGCGCGCGAGCGGGAGUUCCGGCGGAGGCCCGUGCCGAGGGCUGGCGCCUUCACCAUGGCCUCGGCUGAGCUGGACUACACCAUCGAGAUCCCGGAUGAGCCCUGCCGGAGCCAGGAAGCCGCCGGACACGGGACUCCUCCCCGCGCUCUCCGUGGCCGCGGGUAGCCCCGCAGUGCCUGCCGCCGGCAGGGAGAAGUCGGUUCAGACCCUCCGUUCAGUAGCUGGAUGACCCUUGGCAGUUUCCUCAUCUGCAGAGCGAGGCUCCUGACAGCAGCCUCCCUUCCAGGGCUGUGGGUUGCACAACUGAGGCAACUUGUGUAAAGGACCCAGCAUAGUGUCUGGCGUGGAGUUUGGCUACCACAGUGAUCGUCCUUAAUGUAGAGGUUGGCUCGCACCACCCGUCUCCCCAAGACCCCUCAGUGGCUCCUGCUUGGCCUCAGGAUAAAUCAAGUCCAGGUUCCUGAAGAGAGCAGCUCCGACCCAGGCCGGAAGGAGGUGGGGGCCCGGCAGCCUUUGGUGAUUCUCUUGGGCUGGGGUGGCUGCACCGACAAGAACCUUGCCAAGUACAGCGCCAUCUACCACAAGAGGGGCUGCAUCGUCAUCCGAUACACAGCCCCGUGGCACAUGGUCUUCUUCUCCGAGUCCCUGGGCAUCCCUUCACUUCGCGUUUUGGCCCAGAAGCUACUUGAGCUGCUCUUUGAUCACGAGGUGGAGAAGGAGCCCCUGCUCUUCCAUGUCUUCAGCAACGCGGGGGUCAUGCUGUACCGGUACGUGCUGGAGCUGCUGCAGACCCACCGGCGCUUCUGCCGCCUGCGCGUCGUGGGCACCAUCUUUGACAGCGGGCCCGGCGACAGCAACCUGGUGGGGGCCCUGCGGGCGCUGGCCGCCGUCCUGGAGCGCCGGCCUGCCGCGCUGCGCCUGCUGCUCCUGGUGGCCUUCGCCCUGGUGGCGGUCCUGUUCCACGGCCUGCUCGCGCCCCUCACGGCCCUCUUCCACACCCACUUCUAUGACCGGCUGCUCGACGCCGCCUCACGCUGGCCCGAGCUCUACCUCUACUCGAGGGCCGACGAGGUGGUGCUGGCCAGGGACGUGGAGCGCAUGGUGGAGGCCCGCCUGGCACACCGGGUCCUGGUGCGCUCAGUGGACUUCGUGUCGUCUGCACAUGUCAGCCACCUCCGCGACUACCCCACUUACUACACGAGCCUCUGCGUCAACUUCAUGCGCAGCUGCGUCCACUGCUGAGCCCCCUGCCCCACCCACUCACCCCGCCUCUGUUCCAGAAAUAAAUGCCCAACACCUCCCGCAACCUGUA